GAUUCGUCGUCUUCUUGUUUCCUUAUCGUCGUCGCCGUCGUCGUCGACAAUGGAAACUUUGAAACCAUUAAUUAAAAUCACGAGCGUGAAAUCAAAGCAAGCGAUGUUACUGUGGUUGGAGGGUUUUCGAGAAGCUUGUUGUCUUCAUCGCGUCGUCAUUCUUUGUCUCAGGUCGCGAAAUCUCCUGUUUCGAACUGGGCAGUGUUUUCUUCUGAAUGGUUUGAUCUUCUUAGGAAGUCUAGGCCUGUUCAACAAAUUUGUUGUCCCAACCCUUCAGUGGAUAUUGCCUGAUCGGUGUUCUCUGAUCACUUCUCAAGAAUUCUGUUCGUCUGGCAACGUUUUAAGAGUUUAUUCCUUCUUACGUGGUGGACUUGUGCAGCUAUUUUACGUGUUUUGGUUCUAUCCCUUGUAUAUGUUCAGCUUCAUCUUGAGUAACAUCUGGUACAAUGAUAUUGCAAAGUAUGGAUUUGAAGCAAUGGAGAGAUCUGACUCGAGUUCAGUAGAAGGUGAAACUGUGGCCUCGACGAACAUGGCAAAAGCUGAAAGGCCUUCUGGAUUUGGAGGGGUCAUGAUCGUAAUAGGAGAGCAGGUGUACUCAAUAAUACUGUUGACCGUCUUUUUUCUGGAGGUUUAUGCGGUUGGAUAUGUACCAUACAUUGGCAAGAUACUAAAUUUCUUACUUCUUUCAUGGAUGUAUGCCUACUACUCUUACGAAUAUAAAUGGAACUUCUCAGGAGUGCCACUGGACAAAAGGCUGGACUUCUUUGAAUCUAACUGGGCGUUCUUUGCUGGUUUCGGAAGCCCCUGUGUUCUUGCCAUUUUCGUUUUCUCUCCUCUUGUUAGCGGUGCACUUAUGGCCAUCCUGUUUCCACUGUUUGUUUUAACCGCUACAGGAUCAGGGCCUGAAAAAGCCAUUCUUGCCCCGAGAAGGACGUGGAAAUGCGCGGGUUUAGGGAGACUUCCGAUAUUCUAUGUCGCGGAUACACUCUCGAUGUUGGCUUUGUCCUUCUUCCGGUUGGAGUCUCUGCAACAGACAGGACAUGACAAGGCGAACUGAACCUCCGAAAUCGAUUGCCAUUGGACAUUGUAAGAUGAACCCUCGAGGUUUUCGGAAAGACGACACGUAAUCACACGAACCCUUCGGACCGAUCAUUCAACACCGAUCUUCAGUUUCGGUACCCAGCACUUGAUUUCUGUCUUCUUGGUGUGCAGUGCUUUAGAAAAAAGCCAUGGCUGCAAAAAGAUCAUACAGCAGAAAAAUAUAUGGUUGGAACAGUUUGAUUGUGAUGGAAAUCCUUUGCAAAAAAAAAAACUAAAACCAAAUUACAGAAUUUGAAUCUAUUUGUUCAGUGUUGCAUUCGUUUCA